ACAACACAAACCACGUGACCUGCUGUCAUACUGGAAUGGCUCCCACCACUCAGUGUGUAACAACGCCGUGAAAAAAAAUGGGAUUCUCCAUAAGCCUGUCUAAAACAAACAAAUUUUUCCGCUAUAAAGACGUUAAUAAACGUCUAAGUAAAUCCGGCGUGGUUUACUUAGUAACAGACAGAAGAAGCCCAAGAUGUUAUUCUUUCAGUUACCAGAUGAUGUUCUGUACCUCAUUCUGUCGAACCUGGACUACAAAUCUUUAUGUCGGUUCUCUCAAGUGUGCAAAAGAAGCUAUCACUUCACUGUCCGUGACGUCGUGUGGAGGAGGAUAGCGAAACACUUUAUCAACACUGGAAUGACACGGGAAGGAACAGACCUGUAUCCUACCAUUCCACUAAAGGACAGAGUGAAGUUUUCCCGGAAUUGGAGUCAUGGUGUUUGUCGUAAAAAUGUCCUUCUAAAGUGGAAGGUUAACUUGUUGCCGUGGCUACAGCUGGAUGGUGAUGUGCUGUAUCUCUCUCAGGCGGCAGACAUUGCAGCUUACGAUCUCCGGGGGGCUGAGAGAGGGAGGUUUCAGCAAAAAAGGGUGGACGUUUUUUCAGGACACCAAGAAGACGUUUGUCGAUUCACGCUGACUGAUGCGCAUCUCAUCAGCGCUGGAGGGGACGGGAAGAUCAUCGUUCAUUACAAAAAACGGGAUUAUUCUGUGGAGUAUUAUGGCCAUAAUCAGGAGGUGAACUGUAUUGACUGCAGGGGUGAAUUGAUUGUUAGUGGUUCGAGAGACAAGACUGCUAAGUUGUGGACAUUAAAUCCAGACCAGUUGGACAAAUGUCUUCAUACCAUCCCUACAUAUGACAGGGUGUGGUCAGUGGCCAUCAGUCCCUCUCUGUGCACCUUUGUGACUGGAACUGCAUGCUGUGAAAACUUUGCUCCUCUUCGGAUAUGGGACACAGAAAGGUGUGACCUGGUGACGUGUCUUGGCACAAAAUUUCGCAGAGGUGCAGGUGUGUUGGAUAUUGUGUAUGAGUCUCCCUUCCAGCUCCUCACCUGUGGAUAUGACACCUUUAUCCGCUACUGGGAUCUGCGCGUUUGCUCCAGGAAGAGUGUGAUGGAGUGGGAGGAGCCUCAUGACAAUGCACUUUACUGUAUGAAGACUGAUAAUAACUAUAUGAUCGCCAGUGGUUCCUCCUACUAUGGCGUAGUGCGUCUGUGGGACAAACGGCAAACCCGCUGUUUGCAGAUGUUCCAGCUCACCUCCACCACCAGUAGCCCGGUGUACAGUCUGUGCUUCAAUGCCACACACCUUUAUGCUGCUCUCGACUCAGCACUCUACUCACUGGACUUUAGAACCUCAGGGCCCAGGCUCAAGAGAUAAAACAGCUCACUCACACCAAAAUCCUAAACAAACACACACACACACACAGACAGUCGCAUGUGCCUUGGCUUUUAAGUCCACAUUACACAACUUCAACACCUUUUCCCUCCAGGUCUGACAUCGAGCCUUUGACCUUUUACCCUUCCAAAACCUCAGCUUAGAACUUCAGGAACCCCAUUAAAAUAUCUGUACCCAGUGUGGCUUUGGAUUGGUGCCACAGAUAGUAGCAGAUAGUUGUCAUUUCUUCACUAAUCUGUGUCACUGGCUGUUGAGUGGAGCAGAGGGAGCAGGGUUCAUGACCUCCUGUGACCUGAGCUUUAACGGAUUUAACACAUUGCCAGCGACCUGUGGGGUUAUAAAACAAACACUGCUCAGAGAUGCCUGAACACCCCUAUGGGCAUUUAUGCUGAAGCGUAUAUACAGUACGGUAAUGUUUUUUUCCUGCUGUGCUUGAGCUGUAUGUUUUUUUCCCUCCCUUAAAAAAUGAGUUAAAUCGGUUGACUUGGCUUUGUGCAUUUUGUAUGUCUUCUGGUCACUUUGUGAAGGGGUUGCUUUUAUUCAGCAGUUCUUCUGUAUAGAUGCCACUUUAGGGAAUAAAGAUUUUAUACUGUAAA